CGCUUAUCCGACAUCAUAAGUCCGCAGUAAAGCUGCAAGAUUUAACAGCUCCCCAACCCAGAGUUAAUGCCAAGAGGUGCGGAGACGGCAAAUGGUUUACUCCGUAAUGCAUGAAUAUUGGCAUUGUUGGGCACUGAAACAGUUAAUAUAAGCUUGUGGUCAGUGUUCGUUCCAAGUCUCAGUGAUCGGCACCCACUUGCCCUUUGCAAGCGACCUGCUAGAGAUCAAGCCUUUGGGAAAACUUCGGAACAUUCUUAUCCAGCCGGAAUAUCUGCAAUCUGUUUCAGCUUGGUCCCGAAAGAGUGCUUUCGACUUGGAGGAGAGUAGGAGGAAAAUAUUGAAACGUGCCAAGGGUAUCUAUAUUCCGCCAAUGACUCGAGCAGGGGAGAGUGCAUACGGCAGCAUAGCAGACACAUUGAGGCUAUAAAACCUCUGCAUUCCCACGGCCAUGAACCUUGGAUUUAAGCAGACAAAAAUCAUCUUUUCUUUGACUUACCGUGCCCUUCUUUGAAACGCUCUGGGAGUGAUCCUUUCUUUCGAAAAACCAACUUCUUCAAUCAUUCACAAUGCUUCCUAAGGCUGUCCUCCUCUCUCUCCUCGCCUCCAUGGCACUGGGUGCCAGCGAGUUCCCUAUCCCCGAGUCUGCUGGCACUGAGACUUUCAGUGAGCCCAAGGAGAUCGCCGCUGGAGAGGUCUUCGACGGUGGUUUGAAGACUUACGGCCGUGGCGUCGAGUGCACUGGCCAGGAUGAGGGUGGCGACAGCGACGCUGUCUUCAUCCUCCAGGAGGGUGCUACCCUCAAGAACGCCAUCAUUGGCACUGACCAGAUUGAGGGUGUCCACUGCGAGGGUGCUUGCACCAUCGAGAACGUCUGGUGGGAGAAGGUCUGCGAGGACGCACUCUCCCUCAAGAAGGGUAACGGCCCUUACAAGGUCAUCGGCGGUGGUGCCCAGGGUGCCGAGGACAAGGUGAUCCAGCACAACGCCGGCGGUGAGGUCAGCAUCGAUGGCUUCGUCGUCUCCGACUUCGGCAAGCUCUUCCGCUCCUGCGGUAACUGCGAUUCCCAAUCUCAGCGCACUGUCACCAUCUCCAAUGUCAAGGCCUACAACGGCAAGGUCCUCGCCGGUGUCAACGAGAACUAUGGUGAUGUCGCCACCAUUACGGACACUUGCGCCACUGAGGUCAAGGACAUCUGCACGACCUACGAGGCCACCGAGGGCUCUGGUGAGCCCGAAGAGAUUGGCUCUGGCCCCAGCGACUCUUGCGUCUACACUGACCCUCUUCCUUCCUGCUAAGCGCAUUCUCAGUGUAUCUGAGGGGACAUUGGGACAUCUUGGGCGCUU